AUGGGGGACAUGAAAACUCCGGAUUUUGACGACUUGCUGGCUGCUUUUGACAUUCCUGAUCCAACCAGCCUCGAUGCAAAGGAAGCCAUUCAAACAGCUGGGGAGGAGAAUGAAAACCAUCUCAAGCAGUCAGGAAUUUGUAUUGAUGAAAAUGCCUCAUUGUCCCACACAGCGCCGGCUUCUGAUGUCCCUGUCGUCAGCGUUAUUGUGAAGAACACAUGUCGUCAAGAAUCGUUCGAAGCAGAGAAGGAAGGCAACCAUCUUGGUCCUGGCAUGUUGCACAAUGGAUUCCGUGGUGCGGAUCUGCCCUUAGAGACCCAUAACUAUGGGAAAUUUGACUCUGCCUUUAUCAAUGGUGAUGGCUUGAGGAACUAUCCUGAAAAGAUGGAACAGACAAAGUCAGAACCGUUACCAACAUUCAGUCAGUUCAGCCCUAUCUCUAGCCCUGAACCAGAAGAUACACUCAAAGAGAACAGUAUUGUAGACAAGCCUAAACUUGCUCAAACCUCCUAUUUCCCACCACACCCAAUGUAUAUUCCAUCUGGGUCAUCAGUGUUAGAUCUCCUUAGUAGGACUCUGCCAGAACCAGAGUUUAGUAGAUUUAUGUCAACUGGACCCUCGCUGCUAGAUCUCCUUAGUAAGAAGUUACCAGAACCAGAAUUAAGUAUGUUUGAUCAAUACUGUAAACGAGACCCAAAGAUAGAUAUGCAUGGACUGCAAGAAAGUAGGGGGGAUGUGGGCAGGAGGGAGCACGACAAGAGUCCAGAGAAACGUGAAGCAUCCAGUAAAGAUCUUGGGGACACAAACACCUUCCUUGGUGGCGGGCUGCCUCUUGGUAACUUCCAUAGCAAUAACCUGGGAGAAAGUAAAGGAGCUGUGCCUGAGAUGAACUUCUCGUCUUCAGUCCCGCCUCGCCAGCGGAUCAAACCAGCUCACUCUAAACUGUCAUCCUGCGUGGCUGCGCUUGUAGCCCUUCAGGCCAAGAAAGUGGCAGGUUUCCCAAAAGAGGACCAGGCAAAUGUGACAAGAGAGACUCCUGCCCCCUUUAAGGAUGGCAUUAAGGGAAGCCCCAAAAUGCCCAAGUCCCCAAAAAGUCCAAAGAGCCCCCUAGAGAUUGUGAGAAAGGCCAAUAAGCAGCCGGAGUCUCCCCGGAGUGUGUGCAGCGACACCAGUAGCAAAGGCUCCCCUUCGGUGGCCACUGGCUCUCCCCCUGCCAUCCCCAAAGUCAGGAUCAAGACCAUUAAAACUUCUUCUGGAGAAAUCAAAAGGACAGUAACGAGGAUUUUACCAGAAGCAGACGAUUUUGGCAAAUCCCCUCAAGAAUCGCCGGCAGAGAGUUCAAUAACAGAAGAAUUUGUUAAAUCCUUCCCUUCACCAGAUCCAAAUUCAUCCAUGGAGAUGGAGCCAGGCAAAGGGUUUGUUAAAGCUUCUAUAUCGGACGCAGACUUAGCAAGCCUUCAAGCAGAUGGCAUGAUUGCAGACAUUCCAAUAAACAGCAUCCCGGGCGUAUCUCUGCUGGCAAACAGCAGCGGGACAGUGAAAGUUGGCCUUGGAGGACAACAGUCAAGCAAGAAGCAACAGCCAGGAGUGGCGGCACAGUCCUCAAACCCUGCCAGCCUCCUUCCUAAAGCUGUGCACUUGGCCAAUCUCAAUUUAGUUCCCCACAGCGUUGCUGCUUCUGUUGCUGCAAAAUCGUCAGUGCAGCGCCGCAGUCAGUCCCAGCCGACCCAAAUGUCAGUGCCACUUGUGCACCAGGUGAAGAAAGCUGCUCCUCUUGUUGUAGAGGCAUUCAACAAAGUCUUGCAUGGUGCCAACCCUGUGCCAAUCUAUACUCCAAACCUCAGCCCUCCUCUCGAAAGCAGUAUUCACGUCCCGGCCUCCGGAUAUUGUUGCCUGGAAUGUGGCGACUCGUUUGCCUUAGAAAAAAGCCUCACGCAACACUAUAGCAGGAGAAGCGUCCACAUUGAGGUCAUGUGCACUCAGUGUUCGGCAACGUUGCUUUUCUUCAACAAGUGUAGCUUGCUCAAACAUGCGAGGGAUCACAAGAGCAAAGGCUACAUCAUGCAGUGUUCUCAGCUAUUCAUGAAACCCAUUUCGUUAGACCAAAUGUUUUCGCCUUCUCCAACAACAAGCUCAUUGACAUCCUCAACCUCACAGAAUGCGCGGUUGCCCUCCCUCCCAAAUAAGACUUGUGCUGCGCCAGGUAGUGGGACUACGAAUUUGUCAAACCCUCAGCCAGCUAUGCCUCUGUACACGGACCCCUUGAGGCUAAUUCGCCAUGGAUUAAAGUGUUUUGAAUGUAAUAAGCAGGCACUGGACUAUUUAGCCCUAGCAGCACAUUAUCAGAGAACCUCCGAAGACAACGAGGGACUGACGUGUCAAGUGUGCCAGAUGCUGUUGCCUAACAAGUGCAGUUAUUGUGCGCAUCAAAGAAUCCACACUCACAAAUCCCCUUAUUGCUGCCCCGAGUGUGGUGCCAUUUGCCGGUCGGCGUAUUUCCAAACUCACGUCAAAGAUAAUUGCCUGCAUUACUCACGCAAAGUUGGCUACAGGUGCACUCACUGUGGGGUUGUCUUCAUGUCCCAAGCAAUGCUCAAAGUGCACAUUCACGAGAAACACUGUGAAGUGUUCCACAAGUGUUCAUUUUGUCCCAUGGCCUUCAAGUCUGCAGAUAGCACUACCGCUCACAUCACUAACCAGCAUCCUGCAGAACCUCACAAGACAUCUCAGGUGAUCUACAAAUGCUCUUGUGAGACCGUCUUUAACAAGAAGAGGCUUCUGCAAGAACACUUCCAACAAAACGCCAACAAGCUGAUGGUAGGAGUAUUCAAGUGUCCACAUUGCCAGUUGGUGUAUAUGCAGAAACUCCAGUUAAUGCAGCAUGUCAAGAGCGUCCAUGGGGUUCCUGAAAAUCCUGAGGAUCUUACCAGCAUCCGACAAAAGGCAGAGACGAGAAGCAGCAGUAACGUCCUCCCGACAUCAAAGGAGCUGUCAGUAAUCAAUGGUACUUCCCAGACUUCUUUGACCGCAAAAGAUACAAGCCCGGAAUCAAAGACGAAGCCAAAAGCCUGCAAUUGGACGUGUCGGGAGUGUUCACAGUUGAUCUCUGAUAGAGAAACCUAUGUGUCUCAUAUGAAGAAAAGCCAUGGAAAGAAUGUGAAGAGGUAUCCCUGUCGACAGUGUGACCAGUCCUUCAGCACCACCAAUAGCCUGCGCAGACACGUUCGCAACAAUCAUGAUACAGCGAAGAAGGUUUACACCUGCUGGUACUGCACGGAAGAAGUUCAGACAUUUCCGCAGGCAUCUCUGCUGGAGAGCCACAUCAGCCUCAUGCAUGGCAUCAAAAACCCAGACCUUUCCCAGAUCGCCAAAGCCAAAACUCCAGCAGAAGACUCGACAAAAGCAAAAUUUCCAAAGAGGGUAUCUGCUGGUGGUUCAGACCAGACUGAAACGACGACGUCACGAUCUGAAGAUCCACCGGCAAAGAAGCUGAAAACAGCCCGCUGGAAGUGCGCAAAGUGUGGGUUCACAACGGCCACUGAGACUGAAUUCCUGGAGCACAUCCCUCGGCACAAGUCAGACAACUCCACUUUCCAGUGCCUGCUGUGCGGCUUGUGUUACACCUCCCUCAUCUCUCUGAAUAGGCACCUGUUCAUCGUUCAUAAAAUAAAGGAUCCGGAGGAAGAGGAGGAGGACGGAGAUGAACAGGAGCCAGGACAAGGGGGCAGCAAAGAGGAUGUAGAGAUGGAGACAAGUGAGAACAGACUCGCAGAACCUAACGGCGAGACAGGCAUUGUGGAAGAAGAGGGAGACAGUUCAAAGAGCAAAGACUCUAAGGGCGGUUCUGUGUCCUGUAGCACAGAGAAGCCCAGCUCUCAGAACAAACUUUCAAAGUCUCCAAAUAUUUAAGAGUAUGUUUUCUUUGCUUUACGGCAUCAAUUGGAAAGUGCGGAGGGUGGUCGCAAAUGUGCUGUUGGCUCCACGGAACGGGCCCGGCGUCCUAUUCACUUCAGUUAGAAAGGGAAAUCAGAAACUUAAAAACUGCCACCAUCUCCGCAGCACUGAUUAAGUAACGGAUGCGAGGGGGAAAAUGAAUGUCCUGUUGAACCAUGUCUGAACCUCCAGAAUCAGGAGCACUUUUCUGUAUCCCUCCUUUAUCCCCCCCCCCUCAAAUAACAGGAGCACUCACAUACCACUCAAGCCACACACACCCCCAGCACCUCAUCCACCUUUCCCUCCUUUUCAUAAAAAAGCUUUGCCUUCAGGUUUUUGUUGUGUGUCUUUGUUUUUCUCCUCAUGGUUCCUUGUUCAAGUCGACCAGUUGUUCUGUCUGGACCACGUAAAUUUAUGUUAAUGCCUUUUGUCUCGUGUAUCCACUAAGCCUUCCAUCCACACUUCAAAACAACAACUCUCUCCAACUUCAAAACACUUCAUGAAUAUAAUCAAAUUAUUUUUUUGAACUGUCCUUUCAUGAAGAAGAAACUUUCAAUACUGGUAUAUAUGAUUUCCCCCUGUUUGACAGAGAGAGGGCUGUGUUUAUAAGUUUUGCACAAAAUAAUUUUAUGUUCCUGUUCUGUGUGUACAUAGUUUGUCUCAUUGUCAAUCCAUAGAGUUGCUGCUGGAGUUGAGCUGGAGCAAUUUCUAACAAAAUCAAAGGCUGGUUUGCUCAAAGAAUUGCCCAGACAUAGUGAGAGCUUGGGAGGGUCAGUGCAUUGGACUACCAGACAUCUUUCUCCCCUGAGCAUAUACCCUUUCAGUGAGAAUUAAGGCAAAUACAUAUUAAAUGUCUACAGGAAGGCAGUUUGUUUCCCUGCAGCUCCCUUAAUUCCUCAUAGUUCCUAGUGGGAGUUGUAAUCUCCAACCAGUCUGGAAGAUCAGUUUCUCACCUCUGGUUUGUACUAAGUAAAGAAGAGCUCCUUUAGCUUUUCUGUUAUAGGGUUAGCAUGCUGUCAUUUAUAUGUUAUUCUGUUAUUUUGCUGUAUCAGCAAGACUCAUCCUGCAAAAUCUUCACUCACAGUGUACUGGGAGGAAACGCAGUUUAACACAGCUCUCACAUUCAGCAAAAGUGGUUCCUAGUUUCAGCAGAGAAGGUUUGAGAGAAGCCCGUCCUGAAGAAGUUUGCUCCAGGAAUAUAUAUAUAUAUCUAUUCCUGCUCCCUCCUCUUCCAAGUGCUCCUGCUUUUCCAUCCCUUUUUUCCAAGCCUCCAGUCUUUUGCCUAGUUGACUGAUUCGACUCCCGAUAUUUCCUCGCAUCGUACUCCCCAUCUGUGCUGUUUCCCACCUUCAUGUGUGCUUUUCUCUCAUGAUUCAUGUAAUAAUUUACUUUUUUAUACGGUUUUUAUGUUUUGGAUCGGAACCCUGCUCAUUGUUUACUAUAUAUAAUUUAAAAAGAAAAAAACCCUAUUUAUCUUAUUGCAUAUGAAUUGCUCACUUUCUCGUCUGAACGUGUUUUGAUAAAACCCUUUGUAUUUUUUGAUACUUGUGUACAUUUUAGCCUAGGGAAUGUUUUACAAGGUAGCCUAGCUAUAGUAACGAUAGCAGGGGUUUGGGGAGGGCAGGGGCGUCCCUCCCAGGCCGUCACAUAUCUAUUUAAUCUGCAGUGGCAUUUGUGCCUUGCUAUAAUGUUUACUUCAAAGUAUUUCAAAUAAAAUCAUCUAACAAUG